UAGCAAAGAAGAAAUACAAGCCAUGGACAACCUUACCUCUGUGGCUGGGAAUGGCAGUCUGUGUACCAGAGAUUACAAAAUCACCCAGGUCCUCUUCCCACUCCUCUACACUGUCCUGUUUUUUGUUGGACUCAUCACAAACAGCCUGGCAAUGAGGAUCUUCUUUCAAAUCCGCAGUAAAUCCAACUUUAUUAUUUUUCUUAAGAACACAGUCAUUUCUGAUCUUCUCAUGAUUCUGACUUUUCCGUUCAAAAUCCUCAGUGAUGCCAAGCUGGGAACAGGACCACUGAGAACCUUUGUGUGUCAAGUGACCUCCGUCGUAUUCUAUUUCACAAUGUACAUCAGCAUUUCAUUCCUAGGACUGAUAACUAUUGAUCGCUACCAGAAAACCACCAGGCCAUUUAAGACGUCCAGCCCCAACAACCUCCUGGGGGCUAAAAUUCUCUCCGUUGUAAUCUGGGCAUUCAUGUUCUUACUCUCUUUGCCCAACAUGAUUCUGACCAACAGGAGGCCGAGAGACAAGAAUGUGAAGAAAUGCUCUUUCCUCAAAUCAGAGUUUGGUCUGGUCUGGCAUGAAAUAGUCAAUUACAUCUGUCAAGUCAUUUUCUGGAUUAAUUUUUUGAUUGUCAUUGUAUGUUACACACUCAUUACAAAAGAACUCUACAGGUCGUAUGUGAGAACAAGAGGCGUAGGCAAAGUCCCCAAGAAAAAGGUAAACAUCAAAGUUUUCAUUAUCAUUGCUGUAUUUUUUAUUUGUUUUGUUCCUUUCCAUUUUGCACGCAUUCCCUACACCCUGAGCCAAACCCGGGAUGUCUUUGACUGCUCAGCUGAGAACACUCUAUUUUAUGUUAAAGAGAGCACACUUUGGUUAACCUCUUUAAAUGCAUGUCUGGAUCCAUUCAUCUACUUUUUCCUUUGCAAGUCCUUCAAAAAUUCCUUAAUGAAUAUGCUAAAGUGCCAGAAUCCUGCAACAUCUCUAUCCCACGAAAACAGGAAAAAAGAACAGGAUGGUGGUGACCCAAGUGAAGAGACUCCAAUGUAA